AAUAAUAAAAAAAAAAUCAAAAAAAAAAUAAAUAUAUAAAAGUUAAAAAAUAAAAUGGCUGAUAAACUUGAAGAAAACGAAAUUCUUGAUUAAGAUGGAGAAUAGGAAGAAGACGAAGAAUAAAUGAAAAAAAAAGGAAACGAAAAAUUAUUAUACUUAACUUAAAAAGGUCAAAUAGAAGAUUUAAAAAAAAUAUUAGAAAAAAAACAAUAUUCAAAUAUAAAUAUAGAAGAUAAAAAAAAAUGGACACCUUUAGUAUGGGCAAGUUGUAAAAACUAUGUAGAUAUAGUUCGAUUAUUAUUAUCAUAUGAUGCUCAUAAAUAUUAUUUAGAAGAAAACUAAUAGGAUAAAAAAACUACAUUAGGACAUAUAAAUAAUUAAUGUAAAUAAUCGCCUUUAUAAUGGUCUACUUAUAAAGGAAAUAUUAAUAUAGUAUGGCUUUUGUUAAAUAAAGGUAUUUCUUGGGAAGAUACUGAUUCUUUUGGAAAUAAUUGUGUACAUUUAGCUGCUAGUGGUGGAGAUCUUAAAGUUUUUUAAUGUUAUAUGAUGUUAGGGGUUGAAGUUGACGCUUUAAAUUCUAGAGGACAUAAGGCUUAUGAUUUAGCAACAAAUGAACAUAUAAAAGAGUUAAUUAAAAGCCAUAAAUAAUCUAAAACUUGUGCAAAAACAGGAGAAGAAUUUAAUUCUUAUAUAAAAAAACAUUGGUGUUCUACUUGUCUAAAGUUCUUUUGUGAUAAAGCUUAUAGAAUUGAAUGGAGUUGGGAUACACAUGAAAGCCAAGAAAAGGAAAGAUUAGAUGGUAAAUGUAUAUCUUGUUGGGAAAAUAUUGCAUAAAAAUCAGAAGGAUUAAAGGAUAAAAUGAAAGAAUAUGAAUAUAAAGGUUUAAGUGAGAAAUUAUAAGAAAUAGAAGAUUUUGGAAUUGAAAUUGAUUUAAAAUUAUUAAAUGAAGCUAAGGUUAUUUAGGAAAGAUUAAGAACUUAAAAUUAAAUAAAAGAUUUCAUUAAUUCUUUGAAAAUAGUUGAAAAUUAUAAAACUAUAUUAAAAAGUGCUAAUAUUAUUGCAGAAAUAAGGGAAAAUGCUAAAUAAAGAGGUGUUUAAUUAGAUUAAGAUAUACUCGAGUUAAUGUAAUAGUAAAUUGAUAGAUUAGUUUCGGAAAGAAAUCUUAGAUUUGAAUUAGAUAAUAUAGACGGGGGAGAUUGUAAUCCGGAAUAAGUGAAGAAUUUAGAAAAUCUAAUUAAUAUUGCAAAAGAAAAAGGAGUGGCGUAAAACUAUUUAGAUGAUGCUGAAGUUUUAAAAGGAAAAAUGGCUAGGUCUAUUUAAUGUUCUGAUAUAUUUAAAUAAUUUUGCGAUUAUCCAGUUAGGCCUGAAUAUAUAGAACCGAUUUAUAUAGAUAGGAAAACUUAAAAACCUUUUGAUCCUAUUACUAAAAAACCUGCUGAUUUAAAACUUUUGGCAGCCCCACCGAAAAAAUCAAAAAAGAAAGUUCCAAAAUAUAUAACUCCGGAAUGGUCGAAUAAUUUAGAUGAAUUUAUGAAGGUUAUUAUAACUAUUGAAGAAUUGUUAAAAUAAGCUGAAGAAUUAGAUCUUAAAAAAGAAUUUAUUGAUAAAUGUAAUGAAUAAAUUAUUAGAAUGAGAAAAGAGCAUAAACAUAGAAAAGGACAUGAGUUAUAAGAUAAAAUUGUUGCCGAAUAUAAAGCUGCAUAGAAGAAAAAAAAUGAUUUUUAUAUAAAUAUUUAUUUUAACUAAAUUAAAACAUUACUUUAAUAGAAAAAUCCAACUGAUAUUAAGAAUAAGGAAUAUUAAUAUUUUUGUAAUCUGAAUAUUUUAGAAAAAUAUAGACUCUAACCUUGA